GUUGCAUUUUUUCUCUUAGGUUUUAUUUGUGGCUGGCUUGGCCUUUGUAAUUGGUUUAGAAAGAACAUUCAGAUUUUUCUUCCAAAAACAUAAAAUGAAAGCUACAGGAUUUUUUCUGGGUGGUGUAUUUGUAGUCCUUAUUGGUUGGCCUUUGAUAGGCAUGAUCUUCGAAAUUUAUGGAUUCUUUCUCUUGUUCAGGGGCUUCUUUCCUAUGGUUGUUGGCUUUAUUAGAAGAGUGCCAGUACUUGGAUCCCUCUUAAAUUUACCUGGAAUCAGAUCGUCAGUCUCACAGAGCAGACUUCUAUCAGCCGUGAAGGUGAGUGAUCCAGCCACUGUAGAAGUCGCUACCAUUCUACUCCACGUUCCUUGUGACCUGAGAAACUGGCUCUGCUACACCCAGCAGCUCAUCAGUGGACAGGAGGAAUCAUGAAGGAAAGACUGCCUGCAGACUGCCUGCAGACUGCCUGCUUGGCUGCCUUUAUUCACUAGCAAAGGAAGCUACUGAGGGAGAAAAAGUUCUGAUGUGACUCGCUGAUUGUUACUAUUCCCUUUCUCAUAUGAAAUUUUUAAAAAGUUUUUGUUGUGGGUUUUUUUCUAGAUGGUAGUUUUGUCAUUGGAGUUGCUAUUAUAGAGUAAAACUAGUCCCAAGAGAAAAUGACAAGGUAACUUUAUGCCUCAAAUGAAAAUAGGCAGAAAUAGUGUGCUGCCCCAGGAGGGGUCUGGGCAGCACCAUCUGUCAGAUGUGCAUGUGAUAAUGGACAGUCACAUCCCUGAAGGGAGGCACUGCAGUGUGGCCCUUUGAGGCAGCUGUGAGCACUGGUCUUUACCCUGCCACUUAGCAAGAUGUCACUUCGAGUUCUCUGAGCUUACUCAAAAGUGAAACUCAGUAUCUACUAUGCUACUGUAAAACUGAAUUUUAAAAUGAAUGUAAAAGGGCUUAAAGUGUUAAGAAAUUAUGAGGUGAUAUUGUCCUGGAAGUAUUUCUGAUCCAAGGACCUAGAUAAGAAGUAGAACUACUACAUAUCUCAUCUUAUUUGAUGAUCAGACCUGGCUACAAAUAAUGUACAACCUAAUUUGCAUUAUGGAAUCAUCGAUUCAUUCUCCAUGUUUCUGAGGCUCAUAAUUUCCAAAGAGCUGUUGGGGAUGGUAUUUUGAUGCUUGCAUCUUUAUCCAAAACUUUUUUGCUGUAUCUUUUGGCUAUUUUUGCAUGAUACACAAUAGUCCACCAGUAACAGCCCUGUACUCUUAGUUAUCCUGUAGUAAAUGUUGCUCUACAGUCAUUCAUGCAUGUUAUGUUCAUUUAAGAAAUGGGUGUUUAAAUAUUCUAAUUGAGAUAAUCAUGCAAAAUAGCCUACUUCACUUUACCCCCCAGCUUCCUAGAUAGUACUUUUUAACUCUCCAGUAAACUAAUAUCUUCAUACUCUCUUUUUAUGUAGUUCUGAAGAAAGGAUCUGGAAGGAUUUGUAAAUAGAAGAAUUACAUUAUCCCCGGAAAUAAGUUCAUUGGGAAUCUAAACUUUAAGUAAAAGAAAGACUGGGUAAAGACCUUGACCAAUGAGUAGCAAGUUUUAUUUUGGAGAACAAGGCUUCUUAAUGGCCCAAAGCCACUCCUAAGAUUGAUAGCCUUUUGGAAAAUGAUCUCUACCUUUUGGUAAGAUAACUGGCCUGAGGAACAGAUGCCCUGGUAGAGAAGAAAGCCGUUGUAGGAGAUUAAGCCCAUGUCUUCAUUCAUACUAUACCAACCCAAACCUCUCCUCUGUCACCAAAAUUAAUUUGGGCGUUUUGGUACCACAAUAACCAUAUUGUCCAAGUAACCUUUUCCAGGAUAGCAGUUGCUUUCCAUGUGUGCACAAUAACCACUGUCCUUGAGAAAACACAUUUAAAGAGUGAUAGAUAAUUGUUUAAAUGUGGCCUGGGCACCUUACAAGUCCCCUGUGAGAAUCCAGAUAGCAUCAGCGAGGAAGGCAAAUGGUCUUCCCUGAGUAUGCCUUUUUCACAGAUUUAGGAGACUAGUAUCCACUAUUCAGCAUCCACUGCCUGGUCAUACUCCAAGCAGAAUAAAAUUCAAUAGUUUACCUAUCACCUGCUUUUGUACCAAAUAAUAUAGCCCAUCUCUUGGUUUAGCUCUCUAAUAAAAGUUUUGUGAUUUAACAAAACCAUUGGGGGCAAAUUCCCUCUCGAAAGCCUUUAAGCAGAAAUAUUCUGGCAUGUUACUCUUGACAAUAUUGAUAACAUGUCAAGCCAUUCUCUUCAUUUCUGCGUAUGAAAUUGAAAAUGGCAACUUUGACGUAAAACAUCUAUUUGUGAA